AAAAAGAAAAGAAAAAUGAAGGUUCAUGUUUACCAAUGUUCUGCAUUGCUUUCCAGAAAGGGGAAAAAGAACAAAGCUACUAAACCAAAAAAAGAGGUAAAGAAGGAACGCAGUAAAACUCCAUCCCUAGAAAAGCCCCAGAAACAGAAAGGUGCUGCAGCGACGGCGGCAGCUGCUUCUUACCAGCCAACUUCUAGUCAGGCUUCAGAGUCUGGUGGCGAAAGAUGGAGAAAGAAACGAAGGCGUCUGGACACCCAUGUUGAGUCGGAGAAAGCAUUCUUGCCCGGAGUAGAGAUCAAGGUGCGGAUACCAGAGGAACUGAAGCCAUGGCUUGUAGACGACUGGGACCUUAUGACAAAAACAAAAAAGCUUGUACAGCUUCCCUGCAAUGUCACUGUGGACCGUAUUCUCACGGAUUAUGUGAAACAGGCGACGUCAGUACAAGGAAUUUCAUCUAAGAAGGAGAGUAUCGUCAUCGAGGUGACAAAUGGACUCAAGGAAUACUUUAAUGUGACACUAGGAAGCCAACUUUUGUACAAGUUUGAACGUCCUCAGUAUGCUGAUGUUUUAAAUGAAAGGCCGGACACUUCUAUGUCACAAAUAUAUGGUGCCAUUCACCUGCUAAGGCUAUUCGUCAGGCUUGGCAGCAUGUUGGCUUAUACCCCGCUGGACGAGACGAGUGUCCAGCUUCUGCUACAUCAUAUUCACGAUUUUCUCAAGUACAUGGCUAGGAACUCGCAGCUGUUCAGCCUGAAUGACUACACAAUAGCACCUCCCGACUACCAACGGAAAGCCAUCUGAAAAAUGUAAAUCUGUGCUACAGAAAUAAAAUCUACAAUCACUUUGUCAAA